ACACCGCGAUUUUUUCACAUGAUUUAAUCAAUUUUCAGAAUUCUCUUUUUAAACCCCUGUUUCAUCCCACUUGUAAUGAUUUUUUGUACAAAAAAUGGAAGAAAUGAUGAUGAAUGACCCUUCUGCAAUGGUUAUAUACGAAGAAGAAGUCACGACAGCUCCAAAUUUGCCAUGCAGUUUAAUACAACAACGUUCUUGGGACGAGGAAAAACCGAUAGGAUAUGAAUUGACCAAUACAAAGUGCUACAAAACACCCAAUGGAGUACAGAAAACCGCUACAAUCCAAAGGGAACAACUAUCCACGAGUAAAGAUUUUGGAGAGCAACAAAUUGUUGAAAUGGAUGGAGAAUUUAGUAUCGAAGGGACUGACAUGCAUGCUAUUCCUUGUACUUCCUCAUCUAUGCAACCUUCGACGUCAUCAAAUCCAUCUUCUGGAGAACAUCAACCAGUGCCUCUUCGUAGAAUGGCAAUUAAAAUCGGACAACGAGUUCUUCGGUUUAAAGUUAUCAGUGCAGAAGAAGCUCCAGAAGCUCCACUUGACACACAGGAUUCAUGGAUUAACGAUCCGAAGCCCGUUACAACGCCGAAAGCAUUAGCUGGAUUAUAUCGGUGUACUAACUGCAAAACGUAUUUCGGAAAUAAAGAAGUAUAUCAGAGACAUAUUCAGGAAGUUCACGGAGAUGCUCGUCCAUUCCGAUGUUUCAAUUGUGGAAUGCGAUUUGCAAAUAAAACCUCGAUGACACAUCAUUUAAAAGAUCAUUCGUUAUUGAAACCAAUGUUUUCGUGUGAUUAUUGUCCUCGGAUCUUUUCGAAAUUGGAAAGCAAAACUCGGCAUCAUAAAAUGCAUUUCACGCGGAGCACUUGUCAGACUUGUAUGCGAUUUUUCACUACAGAAGAUGCGCUGAGGCAUCAUCAGUCCACCGCUCAUCCAGCAACAUUCGAUUCUGGCCCACCACCUGAAGAUCUUCUUCCAAAUGGAAAAUCAGCUCGAUAUAGUUGCAGUUACUGUAAUCUUCGAUUUCAUUUCAAAAAAGACAUGCUUGUUCACGAGCGAAUUCAUACUGGAGAGAAACCAUACUCUUGUGGUUACUGUAUGAAAUCUUUUGCACAAAGCCAGGCGUUGACGGCUCAUAUUAGAACUCACACGAAAGAAUUACCCUAUGGAUGUGGAAAAUGUGAUAAACGGUUUAGAGAUAAUUCCUGCCUCCGGAAGCAUGAGCUUGCAGCGCACACAGAUGAGCCGAUCGUCCGUCCAAUAUCGGUCGCCUACAGUAAUCAAGUACAAAAACAAAUGCAACGUCAGCGGGAAAAUCGAAGAAAACAAGAGCUUUUAAUAGCCGAACGACAUCCCUACAGAAUAUGAUUCCUUUCUUAAAAAUUAAUUUUUCUUGUGUAAUCUAUGCUCUAUCGAAGAUGUAGAUUUUUUAAUGUUCCAUCACUUCUACCCACAUUUAUUCCUCUUUUCUUUUGUCACUUUUUCACCAUUUCAACUUUCCAAAACAAUCAUUCAAUACAGGUACUAAUUCCGUUUU